AUGCCAUCAUUCGAAGUCGGUACGAGAUGUUGGCUACCAGACGAAGAAAAGGGUUGGGUUGGUUGUGAAGUCACCAAAAAUGAAUAUUUACCCAGCGGCCAAUGCCAUUUAGUAUUAACAAAGGAAACAGGUGAAACAAUCUACAUAGAAACAACCAAUGAAGCCUUGAACGCAGCAGCAAAUUAUCAAGAUUCAACCAUUAAAGACACCACUUUACCUGUCCUUAGAAAUCCCCCCAUUUUGGAAGUUGCUCAUGAUUUAACCUUUUUGUCCUACUUAAACGAACCUGCUGUAUUGCAUGCUAUCAAACAAAGAUAUGCCCAGAACUGUAUAUAUACGUAUUCUGGUAUAGUCUUAAUUGCAAUAAAUCCAUUCGCGAACAUAGAUGAAUUAUAUACCCAAGAAAUGAUCCAACAAUAUGCAAGGAAAACAAGAGAAGAAAUGGUUCCACAUAUCUUCGCCAUUGCUGAGGAAGCCUUCAGAGAAAUGUCUAAUAAGCAUGAAAACCAAACUAUCAUUGUUAGUGGUGAAUCCGGUGCUGGGAAGACUGUAACAGCUAAAUAUAUCAUGAGAUUCUUCGCAUCUGUAGAGGAAGAUAUUUCUGCCUCAGAUGGUGAUGAAGCUCAUCAAUUGGAAAUGUCCGAUAUUGAAAAGAAGAUAUUGGCUACCAAUCCAAUUAUGGAGGCAUUUGGUAAUGCGAAAACUACUAGAAAUGACAAUUCGUCUAGGUUUGGGAAAUAUUUACAAAUUUUAUUCGAUAGUAAUAAAAAAAUCAUUGGGUCUAAAAUUAAGACGUACCUCUUGGAAAGAUCAAGAUUGGUUUAUCAACCGAAAAGUGAAAGAAAUUAUCAUAUAUUUUAUCAACUGUUGAAGGGACUAACGCCAGAUAUUAGAGAGUCCCUACAUUUAACUGAACCAUCUGAUUAUUUUUAUUUGAAUCAAGGUGAAUCUAUCGAGAUCAUUGGUAUGGACGACAUAGAAGAAUUUAACGUGACUUCAGAUUCUUUAUCAUUGAUUGGGUUUACUUCUGGUAUGCAAUUUGAAAUAUUUAAAGUUUUAGCCGCUUUACUACAUAUAGGUAACAUUGAAAUUAAGAAAACGAGGAAUGAGGCAUCCGUGUCUUCAGAAGAUCCACAUUUGAUAUAUGCUUGUGAGUUGUUAGGAAUUGAUCCUUCUUCAUUUGCUAAAUGGAUUGUGAAAAAGCAAAUCAAUACCAGAUCAGAAAAGAUUAUUUCCAAUUUAAAUUUCAAUCAAGCUUGUGUCUCUAGGGAUUCUGUUGCAAAAUUCAUUUAUUCCGGUAUCUUCAAUUCAUUAGUGGAAAACAUCAACACUGUCUUAUGUAAUCCUGAUGUAGAGGAAUCAAUUAACUCUUUCAUUGGUGUCUUGGAUAUUUAUGGGUUUGAACAUUUUGAACAGAACUCAUUUGAACAAUUUUGUAUCAAUUAUGCUAAUGAAAAAUUACAACAAGAAUUUAACAAACAUGUUUUCAAAUUAGAACAAGAAGAAUAUAUCCAAGAAGAAAUUGAAUGGUCAUUUAUUGAAUUUAAUGAUAACCAACCCUGUAUUGAUUUAAUUGAAAACCGAGUCGGAAUUUUAUCAUUAUUAGAUGAAGAAAGUAGGCUGCCCUCAGGUUCUGAUGAAUCAUGGACUGAAAAACUAUAUCAAACGUUUAGUAAACCACCUACAAAUUCAGUAUUUGGUAAACCAAGAUUCCAUCAAGACAAAUUCAUAGUUAGCCAUUAUGCUAACGAUGUUACAUAUGAUGUAGAAGGUUUCAUUGAGAAAAAUAGAGAUACUGUGUCUGAUGGACACCUUGAAGUAUUAAAUGCUACAACUAAUUCCACUCUAAAAUCAAUUUUAGAACUUCUACAAAAGGAAACAAUUGAACCAAACACUUCUAGUAACUCGGUAGCUUCCACUGCUAGGAAUAGUCCAUCUCCUACGGCUUUGAAUAAAAAGACAACACAAAGGAAAAACACAUUAGGUUUCAUGUUUAAAAAAUCCCUAGUUGAAUUAAUGCAAACCAUCAACGAGACAAAUGUUCAUUAUAUUCGUUGUAUCAAACCUAAUUCAGAGAAGGAGGCAUGGAAGUUUGAUAACUUAAUGGUUUUAUCUCAAUUAAGAGCAUGUGGUGUUCUUGAAACCAUUAGAAUCUCUUGCGCAGGUUUCCCAUCGAGGUGGACAUUUGAUGAAUUUGGUCAGAGAUAUUAUUUCUUAACUAGUACCUAUGAUGAAUGGAAUUCUUUAGAUAAUGAAGAUACUAAUGUAUUGAUUCCAUUCUGUAAACAAAUUUUAAAUGAAACAAUUGAUGACGUAACAAAAUAUCAAGUUGGUAAUACCAAGAUUUUCUUUAAAGCUGGUAUUUUAGCGUUUUUAGAAAAAUUAAGAAGUGAUAAACUUAAUAAAUUGGCUAUUAUGAUUCAAAAUAGAAUAAGAAUGAAACAUUAUCGAUAUUUAUACUUGUCAAUUCAAAAGAGUAUUCGUGAUUGUCAAAAAUUGAUUAGAGGAUAUAAUGUUCGUGAAGAUGUUGCUAAACAAGUGAAACUCGCCGCUUCUAUUUUGAUUCAAACUAAAUAUAGAUCUGUGAAAGUUAAUCGUGAUGUAACCGAAACUUUGCAGAGUAUUACUAGUGUACAAAGUCAACUGAAGGGAUAUAUUGUAAUGAGACGUAUUGAAAUUGAGUUACAAAAGAAAGCAUGUACCAUGAUUCAAAAGAAGGUUAGAUCAUAUAAAUACCAGAGGCUCUUUAAGGAUUACAAGAGAUCGUCUGUUGUCAUUCAAAGUCAUAUGAGAAGAAAGGCUGCUGUGAAGAUAUAUGAACUAGCAAAGAAGGAACGUAACUCCGUGGGUCAUUUGAAAACAAUUGCGGAAGAUUUACAAAAUGAAGUUAUUCAAUUUAUUGAAGAAUUAGUAAUUAAUAUCAAAGAAAAUAAGAAAACUACAGAUAUAUGUCGACAGAUCUCUAAGGAAGAUAGAACAACAUUGAAGAGCUCGACGGGAAUACAAUAUUCCAAGAAAUUGCAACAAUUGAAAGAUGAUAAAUUGUUAGUACAAAAUGUUUUGGAUAAAUAUGAAAAAUUGAAAGAUUUUUGUAGAAAAGAAUUAAAAGAUUUAGAAGAGCAUACGUCUAAUAAUAAUCGUGACAAUCUAUCACUGGAAGCCAAAUUAUUACAUACCAAGAAAGAAAUAAAAAAAUUAAGAGGUAUGGAUUUUAGUCAAAGUAGUGGAGGGGCAAAAAAAAGUACAAACGAUACAUUGAAUUUUGAUGACAAUACUAAACCAAUCAACGAUGAACUAGUUAAUAUUUUGACCAAUGAAACAUCUAAUUUGAUCAAAGAAGCUAUAGAAGGAAUGCUACCUCACGGUAAUGGUGCUGAUGUUAUAAAUAAAACUGCGAAGAAAAAUAAGAAUGAAAUUUUAUAUUUUGCGAGAACGAUUAUAAUUAUCCUUGAUUAUAUGUCUAAAUUGAAUUUAACAGAUGCGAUGAAAAAAUUGACUACACAAGCAUUGAUGGCGAUUGAAGAACUUAUAUCAUCUGAAGAAUCGAACAGUAAGCAAAAUGCCUUAGCAACGAAUUUUUAUUGGUUAAAUAAUGUCCAUGAAAUCUAUGGCUUCAUUUAUUAUAUUUCAUCUCGUAGCUCUAAUUCGAAUGCACAUAUGAAAAAUGAAAUUGAACAAUUACAAAAGAGUUGUACAAAGACAUAUCUUAAGCUUUACAAGAAUUGUUCCAGGUAUACCUUACAUGAAUUAAAGAGACAAUUUAACUCAAGUAGUAGCAGUAGUAGUAACAAAGAAGAAAACGAUGCUAUCAAAGAACAAUUGGACACGAUUUAUAUUUAUACUGAUUUGUUUGGUAUGGAUGGCACAUUUGCACAAAAUAUGAUAGUUAGAAUAUUAGAAGAACUCAACACGAUUCUAUUUAAUGAUUUGUUGAUUAAUACAAACAGAUUGACAUGGGAAGAUGGGUACCAAAUUGACUUGAAAUUGAGGAGAAUAUUUAAAUGGUGUGAUUCACAUGAAAUAUUAUCUAGUCAAGAAUAUUUGAAUCAUAUAUGUCAAUCUGCCAAAUUAUUACAAUUAAGAUUAUCCAAUUUGGAAGAUUUCAAAAUUGUUUGUGAAUUUUGUUAUUCUCUUACCAUGGAUCAAAUCCAUACUAUUUUGGCCAAAUAUACUCCCACAGAGUUUGAACAGCCUAUUCCAAAAGAGAUUAUGAAUUAUAUAUCGAAUAUAUUGAGGAAGAAUGAUUCGAGAAGACAUCAUAGUAAUAAUCACAGAGGUACGAAGAACAUAACAUUGAAAUCGACAAUGGAUAGUGUCGCUCAUAACAAUGAUGGCAUGGACCAGAUAAGGUCUAUAGAUAUUGAAGGAUAUGGAGAUUUGGGGGCGUACUUGCCAACAGAUCGUGAAUUGGCGUACUUGAGGAAAGUUUUACAACUUAGCGUUGUUUAA